AUGUCAUCUCUAACUUCCAGUAAGCCCUCCCUAGAGGCCAAAACAGAGUUUGACAAAACAAAUGAAGACACUCAAAUUUCGAUAUCUGGCAUUGAAUUUGCCUCAACCAAAGAACUCGAAAACUCGUUAAAAGAGUUAAACAAGAAAACCGAAAUCUGGACCCUCUCAACUCGCCUAGAUAGUAUUGAGAGGGUAACUCAAGUACCUACACUUACUCAUUCAAACUGGUUCCAAUGGCAAAACGCCAUCAAAAGACUCAUCUUCCUCACUCAAUCAUCAGCAGCUAUCCUAGAACAACCUAUCAAACUUAGGACUAUAUUAAUUUGGUCUAGAUGGUGGGCUGCAAAGCUAAAGGAAACUGCAACUGAUAUCAGAACAGCACCAAGUGACAGCCCCCAAUAUAUACUUCAUGAAAUUGUCUCAAUAUCUCAAUCUAAUGUCUUCUCGACAGUCUUAUCAAGUUCUGCCCAAUUCUGGAAUUUCCAACCUCAGAACUUGUCGCUGUCUUCUUAUGUUAAGGAGUAA